AUGGGGGAGCAGGCGGCGGUGCGCAGCAGACACAGCCGCACCAGCGCCUCCUCCUUCCUCUCCCCUCCCAGGCUUCCUCCGCCGGCCACGCGGCAGCACAGCAGGCCCAUGGCCGUGGCCCGGGCGCCCCCGGGCGGCCCCGCAGUCCCGGCCUGGGCCAACCAGAGCGGCGCGCGCGACUUCGUGCUGCUGGGCUUCGCGCACGUGCCCGCGCUGCGCCCGCUGCUCGCCGCGCUCUUCCUGGCGCUCUUCCUGCUGGCGCUGCUGGGCAACGCGCUCAUCGCGCUGCUGCCCGGCCUGGACCCCGCGCUGCGCGCGCCCAUGUACUUCUUCCUGCGCCAGCUGGCCCUGGUGGAGCUCUGCUUCUCGCUGGACGUGGCGCCGCGCCUGCUGCUGACCCUCCUGCGGCCCGGACUUGGCGUGUCCCCCGCCGCCUGCGCCCUGCAGCUGCUGCUCGUGCUGUCGUGCGUCACGUCCGAGUGCUUCCUGCUGACCGCCAUGGCCUGGGACCGCUUCGUGGCCAUCUGCAGGCCGCUGCGCUAUGGAGCCAUCGUGAGCGCCCGGCGGUGCCGCCUGCUGGCCACCGCCUGCUGGCUGGCGGGAGUCCCCGUGGCGCUGGUCUUCACCAUCUGGCUGUUCAGCUUCCCCUUCUGCGGGCCCCGUGGCAUCCGCCACUUCUUCUGUGACAUCGCCCCUCUGCUGAGCCUGGUGUGUGCGGACACCAGGGUCUUCGAGGCCCACGUGUUGGUGGCCACGGUGUUGAUCAUGUUCAUUCCCUUCUGCCUGAUAACUACAUCCUACGCCAGGAUUCUGGCCGCCGUCCUGCGGAUGCCCUCCGCCGCGGGGCGCCUCAAGGCGCUGUCCACCUGCGCCUCCCACCUCAUCGUGGUGAUUCUGUUUUACGGCACCACGGGGGUCAUCCACUUGCGCCCCAAGGCCAGCUACUCACCUGAGAGCAAGCAGGUGGUGUCCCUGUCCUACACCCUGGUGACCCCCAUGCUCAACCCCCUCAUCUACAGCCUCCGGAAUAAGGAGGUGAAAGCUGCCCUGGGGCGCCUGUGUGGUCAGAGAAGAGGUACCCACAUUCCAUGA